AGUGUUGUCUCGUGUCUCGUGCAGCGUGUCGUGGUUUCUGUUUUCUCUCGUGCUCGUGAACGUGCUGUACUCGUGAUCGUUUAGUGUAGGAUAACGUCUAAGGUCGACGUCUAAGGUAGAGCGAUCGGAUCACGUCACAGAUCGGUCAACAACGUGCAUCGACAUUCGAUCGCGCUGCUAGAAGUAAUCUGCGCAACUGUCACUGCUGCGGAUACUCAACGUGACAAACUGGGUCUCGGAAACUGGAGCGGCUCUCUGUGUACAUGAAAUUAAGAAUUAAAGGGGAAGAUCCCGAGUCGGUUUCGGACAGCCGACCGUGCGUGGUAGUCGCGCUACAACAAGCGUGCUUAGAAUUCACGAUAAAAUUAUCCGCGUUUGGAGCUGGUAGCGCUAAAUUUUACAAAGGAUAACGAAAUACAUCGUAUUCAAACACAUAAAAGUGCUUGUGCUGUGAUAGUGCGGUAUCGUGAUCGGAUCUGUGUUUAUUAGUUGUGGUCGUUAGCAUUUCUUGUUAUCGAAUAUAUUUGUGAGUUGAAGAGGUCAGGAAUCUCGGGGUGUUCCGUUACUAUCGUAAGGGAACGCAUCCAGUGAUAUUGACACCGUUUCCACCGGAUGAUCUUCCGCGCAACUGGUGCUCGUGCACAUGCGCGUACAUCAUAUUGUCUGUACUGUAAACCCCGAUCAGCUGUAGACAAAUGCGUGGAUGUUAACGUCAAGUAUAUCGCCGCUAUUAGUGAUGAUUUAAACGACGAUAAACGACAAUAAAUAGCAUUGAUCGCACGUAUUAGCAUUUUCAUCUCGUAUGGAUUCCACGUAUCGUUACGUAUUUAAUUUCCACAAAUACAACUUUGACAGUUGUUGACUGUUUGACGUUGUAAUUUUAAUUAAUCGUUGUGUGCGCGGGUCUCCUGCUUUUUCCUCCUGUUCUCUAUCUCUCUACUUUCCUCUCCCUUGUUAAGCACUUGCUUUCCCUCGCGCUCGUCGCAUUAGCCGCCUUCCACUAUCCUCACGGUCGUCUUAUCUUGCUUCUUCGGCCAGCCCCUUCAUCCUCAUCCCUACACUACGCUCUGUUUUCCGUUCCUGCGAAGAUUACGCUAUCGUGUAUUUUUUAUCGGGUUCCUGAUUAAAACCAGACCACCCUACCGACCGCCUGUUCGCUCCUUGCUUCGUGACUGCCAUUUUAGGCGAACAACGCCUCGGUUUCACGACACCCUCCACUUUUUCGAAGACCGGAGUUAACGAGUACCUCCGUGACGGUCGAUCUCCUCCUCCCUUCCACCCUCACAUGUCAAGUACUUGCCGACUCCGUCACGGUCGUGCUUUAUAUGCGUGGCGAUAAGUAAUUAACGAACUACACCGCCGCUCGAAGCCACGUGCUGACCAAUGUCCGUCUAGCGCUGAGAAUUAAAAGAAUAAAACGAGUAGUUCGAGUGCACUAGAAAGUGAAGUUUGCGAAACGGUGCAGCGGGUGUAGCGUGUGUGCAGUACCGUGAGAUCUCACUUUAAACUAAGAAAUGCUGAUACCCGUGUCGACAUCCCCCUCGUCCAGCAAUGGUGAGGGCGCUAUCAAGCUCUUCGUUGGACAGAUAUCGCGUCAUCUCGAGGAAGACGCUCUCCGCCCAAUGUUCGAGGAGUUUGGCAAGAUUUACGAAUUCACCGUUCUCAAAGACAAGUACACUGGCGUGCACAAGGAGGGAGGGGGAAGAAGUUCGGUGCGCCCGUCGAAGCCGCCUGCCGGAAAAUUCCGGGCCGUCGAACGCGAAGAAUGGGAAUUCCCAUCGAGGCAGCAACGGAAGAAUUGGGCCGGGCCAAAUGAAAUUUGCAUAGUCGUUACCAGCCCGCCUUUACUGAGGGAUAGUUCCGUAGAUCCGCCACGAGCUCUUUUGGCACUUUGAGAAAAGAAGACGACUGGUACUGUGAUCUGUUUGAUUGCU